UCUGGCCAGGCUGCUGGGGCAUCGGAGCGCCUCGAAGAGAAUCCGCAGAAAUAUUGUUUCUCUGCCCCGCCUAAGGAAGUGCGCUUGUCGCGCCUGCUCCGCGGAUCUUCUGGCUGGCUGAAGCGGUCGGAUCGAAGGCAAAGCGGCUGAGGCUUUGGCCCCGCAGCUGAUGUCUGGGCUAUAAUAGAGAUCACCCGGGGUUGGGUAGCUUCCCCUGGACUUGACCUGCUCUGCCACCCGCGUUUUGUUGUGGUUCUUGUUGCUCCGAGGAGACAUGGAGCUGGCGGCGGGAGUGGGACUGAUCCUGGCGCUGUGGGCUGCCGCGGAGCCCGGGCUGGUUGAGGCGGGCUCAUCUGUUUCAUUGGAUCCACCAUCCCUUAGCAUCCAAAAAUCUGUUAUUACUGUAACAGCCAAUGAUACGCUACAAAUUAAUUGCAGUGGUGAAAGAGCUUUGGAAUGGCUUUGGCCUAACAACCAGACCAGUGCUGAAAACCGAGUGACGGUGACAGACUGUAUAGACAAUGUCUACUGUAAGAUGCUCACUCUUACAAAAGUAACAGGCAAUGACACGGGAGCCUACAAGUGCCUUUACCAAGACAACCAUACAAUGUCAAGUGUGUAUGUUUAUGUACAAGAUGUUACAGACCUUCCCGAUGGCCAGUCUCCGUUUGUGACUUCUGUUAGUGAUCAGAUUGGUGUGGUAUAUUUAACUGGAAACAAAACUGUGGUGGUACCGUGCCUUGGCUCCACGUCAAAUCUGAACGUAUCUCUGUAUGCGAAGUACCCGGAGAAAAUAUUUGUUCCUGAUGGCAAAUCGAUUACAUGGGACAGUCAGAAAGGCUUCACUAUUCCCACCAACUUGAUCAACGACGUGAGCAUGGUCUACUGCAAAGCGAAGAUAGAUGGCAAAAGUUACCAAUCUGUGAUGUACAUUGUGGUAGUUGUAGGAUAUAAAAUUCAUGACCUUAUUAUGAGCCCUCCUCACCAGGUAGAGCUGGCUGCAGGGGAGAAGUUAACGCUAAACUGCACCGCAAGGACCGAGCUGAACGUGGCAAUUGUGUUUGAAUGGGCCUACCCAUCAAGCAAGAUGACAGCAAGCAAGAAAAGCCAUGUUGUAAUCAGGGAUGCAAAGACUUCAUCUGGUAGCGAAGGGAAGAAGACGUUUGUGAGCACUCUCACCAUAGACCACGUGACCGUAAAUGAUGGCGGUCAAUACAGCUGCACCGCCUCCAGCAGCAGUAUGACUAAGGAAAACAGUGUUUAUGUCAUCGUCCACGAAAAACCUUUCAUUGUUACGGGCAGAAUGCAAUCUUUGGUGGAGACAAGACUGAACGAGCCAGCUAAGAUUCCUGUGAUAUUCAAAGGGUACCCACCUCCAGAUGCAAAAUGGUAUAAAAAUGGAAAACCCAUAGCUGCAAAUCGAACGCUUAAACUCGGUUACUCCUUGACAAUCACCGAAGUGAGCGAGAGAGAUGCUGGGAAUUAUACCAUCAUUCUGACCAAUCCCAUUAACAAAGAGCAAGAGAAGCACACCUUUCAUCUGGUUGUGAAUGUUCCACCUCAAAUUGGGGAGAAUGCACUUCUAGCUCCUGUGGAUUCAUAUAAGUAUGGUUCCACCCAAGCCAUAACAUGUACAGUAUACGCUGUUCCAGCCGUGGCCAGGAUUCAGUGGUACUGGCAGUUUGAGGAAGAAUGUACUUUCAACCCACACCAAGCUGGACUGGGGAACAAUCCUUACGCCUGUAAGAAGUGGAAAGACAUAAACGACAGAAGAGGUGGAAAUCAAAUUGAAACAGAAAAAACACAGUUUGUCGCUAUUGCUGGGAAAAUGAAGACUGUAAGCACCCUCACAAUUCAAGCAGCAAAUGUAUCUGCUUUGUACAGAUGUGUGGCUAGUAACAAAGUUGGAGAAGGCGAGAGGGUCAUUUCCUUUCAUGUUACCAGAGGACUUGAAAUUAACCUUCAGCCUAAGAGUCAGCCAACUGAGAAGCACAAUGUCUCCUUGCAGUGUAUGGCAGACAAGUUCACUUUUGAAAACCUGACUUGGUUUAAGCUGAGUCCUCGCGCUUCCAUGGUGCGGCUUGGCAGGCUGCCUUUGCCCGUUUGCAAGAACCUGGACGCUCUUCAGAAGCUGAAUGCCACAGUUGCGAGAGCCAAUGGAGAGAACAUCACCAUGGAACUCAUGCUCCAUAAUGUUUCUCUCCAGGACAGCGGGGAUUACGUGUGCAUAGCCCAGGACAAAAAGACCAAAACACGACACUGCCUUGUCAAACACCUCGCUAUUCAAGAACCAGUGGCACCUGCAAUCACCCGAAACCCUGAGAAUCAGACAACAAAUAUUGGUGAAACUAUAGAAGUAUCUUGUGUAGCAAAUGGAAUUCCUUCUCCACUCAUCACAUGGUUUAAAAACAACGUAACCCUUGUUGAAGAUUCAGGUAUUGUUUUGAAAGAUGGGAACAGAACUCUCACCAUACGGAGGGUGAGGAAGGAAGAUGAAGGUCUCUACACUUGCCAUGCUUGUAAUAUCCUAGGCUGUUCAAAAGCAGCUGCGUUUUUUGAAGUAGAAGGCACUGAUGAGAAAACGAACCUCGAGCUCAUUAUUCUGGUUGGAACGGCGGUAAUUGCCAUGUUCUUCUGGUUGCUCCUCGUAAUCAUUCUCCGGACCGUUAAGCGGGCCAAUGGAGGAGAACUAAAGACUGGCUACCUAUCUAUCAUCAUGGAUCCUGAUGAAGUCCCUAUGGAUGAACAAUGUGAACGCCUCCCUUACGAUGCCAGCACAUGGGAAUUCCCCAGAGAUAGGCUAAAGCUAGGUAAGCCGCUUGGUCGGGGAGCCUUUGGCCAAGUGAUUGAAGCAGAUGCAUUUGGAAUCGAUAAAAUGACUACCUGCCGGACUGUUGCAGUCAAAAUGCUUAAAGAGGGUGCAACACACAGUGAACAUAGGGCACUGAUGUCGGAGCUCAAAAUCCUCAUUCAUAUUGGUCAUCAUCUCAACGUGGUCAAUUUACUUGGGGCCUGCACAAAACCGGGAGGGCCACUCAUGGUGAUUGUUGAGUACUGCAAGUUUGGAAAUCUGUCAGUGUAUUUGAGAAGCAAGCGGAGUGAUUUUGUUCCAUACAAGGCCAAUCAUGCUCGGUACAGGCAGGGAAAUGGUGAAGUCUCUGCAGACCCGAAGAAACGCCUGGACAGCAUUGCAAGCAGCCAGAGCUCAGCCAGUUCCGGCUUUGGAGAGGAGCGAUCUCUCUGCGAUUUAGAAGAGGGGGAUGCAGCAUCUGAAGAUCCUUGCAAAAACCCACUAAGCCUGGAGGACCUCAUCUGCUACAGCUUCCAGGUGGCCCGGGGGAUGGAAUUCCUGGCCUCGCGGAAAUGUAUCCACAGAGAUCUGGCAGCUCGCAAUAUCCUCUUAUCGGAGAAGAACGUGGUCAAAAUUUGUGAUUUUGGAUUGGCCCGAGAUAUCUACAAAGAUCCAGAUUAUGUCAGGAAGGGAGAUGCUAGACUACCCCUAAAGUGGAUGGCACCGGAAACCAUUUUUGACAGAGUAUACACCAUUCAAAGUGAUGUUUGGUCCUUUGGUGUACUGCUGUGGGAGAUAUUUUCCUUAGGAGCCUCGCCAUACCCUGGUGUCAAGAUUGAUGAGGAGUUCUGCAGAAGACUGAAAGAGGGAACAAGGAUGAGGGCGCCAGACUAUACAACACCUGAAAUGUAUCAGACAAUGUUGGACUGCUGGCAUGGGGAACCCAAACAAAGGCCCACUUUUUCAGACUUGGUGGAACAUCUGGGAAACGUAUUGCAAGCAAAUGUCCGCCAGGAUGGUAAGGACUAUAUUGUCCUCCCCCAAACUCCGCUGCUGAACAUUGAAGAGGAUUCUGGGUUGUCCCUGCCAACCUCACCUGUUUCCUGCAGGGAAGAAGAGGAAGUGUGCGAUUCUCAAUUCCAUUAUGACAGCACAUUAGAACUGAGUCAGCACCGCAAAGGAAGUAAAAGAAAAAGCCGUCCUGUGAGCGUAAAGACCUUUGAAGACGUUCCUGUAGAACCAACAGUAACAACAGUGGUUCAUGACGAUAAUCAGACAGACAGUGGGAUGAUUCUUGCCUCGGAAGAGCUAAAGGCACUAGAAGAUAAAUCUAAACAGCUGAUGUUGCCCUUUAGUGGCCUGGUCUCCAGUAAAAGUAAUGAGUCUGUUAUGUCUGAAGCUUCAGAUCCAACAAGUGGCUACCAGUCAGGAUAUCAUUCAGACGAUACAGACACUACGGCAUACUGUGGUGAAGAAACAGAACUUUUAACUCUCAGGAAAGAUGCUUCUCAGACUUGCAGUGCACAGGCCUAUGGCGCUGGGAUGCCUCUUAGCUCACCUCCCGCUUAAGAAACCCUCCAAAAGAAGGAAUAACUGGAACUUGCACCAAACAUGGCCUUUUUCUUGAGCCAGUGGCAUGUGAUGCCCAAAACAUCUACAUUCACCAGACUGGAAAGUGUAUGUGUUCUUUUACUGCAUCUUAUUUGAUGAGAAGGACCCAAAGUGUCUGUGGAAUACUGGAUCCAAACUCAUUCUUCAAGAAGCCUAUCAGUCACCACCAAGCACUGCCAGCGCUAUGCCUGUUUUAGAGUGCCUGGUUACAGUGUUGUGAACUGUGAGGUGUACAUGAAGUGGAAUAUUGAUACAGUGGUACCUCGCAAGACGAAUGCCUCGCAAGACAAAAAACUCGCUAGACGAAAGGAUUUUUUGUUUUUUGAGCUGCUUCGCAAGACGAUUUUCCCUAUGGGCUUGCUUUGCAAGACAGAAACGUCUUGCAAGUUUGUUUCCUUUUUCUUAACACCGUUAAUACAGUUGCGACUUGACUUCGAGGAGCAACUCAUAGAACGCGGUGUGGUAGCCUUUUUUGAGGUUUUUGAAGACUUUGGUGAUUUUUGAAGCUUUUCCAAAACUUUCCCGACACCGUGCUUCGCAAGACGAAAAAAAUCGCAAGACGACAAAACUCGCGGAACGAAUUAAUUUCGUCUUGCGAGGCACCACUGUACACUACAUUUCUAUGCAAUGAUGUGAACAUGGAAUAGUGUUUGGCCAGAACCAUUUGGAUUUUCCAUUUCGCCAGUGCCUUUCUUGUCUUGCAGGAAGGUGCUAUUGCUACUUUGCUGGGCUCGUUGAACUAUUUCCAUUUAUUUCUCUUCAAUUAAAGGGGCCUUCAGUCUAAAUCUUCCUGGUGGAUACUGGCAAAAAGCAGAGGGACUAUCCCUCUUACUGAAAGAGGUCCUCUUUUGCUGUGUGGUCCUUGAUCAGCUGAGGUUCCAUCAGUGAAUGGUUCACACUGAAACAGACAAUUCUGUCUUGGCUUGGUCAGUACAUAUAGGCUCAGCUAACUGACCCUGGAGUUUUACCUUGUGUUUUUGUGAUCCUUGUUUAUUUGGUCGCUCUUGAUUUACAGAACUGUGAUUCUUGCUGGGGAGAGGGGAAAUCCUGAUGUAGUGCCAAUGUAGCCCAGCAAAUAGCAUUAUCAGUAAGCUCACAUGUAUCACAGACAUGUUGCAUAACUAGCUGCUCAGAUUUUGACUACUGCUUUUCAACCUAGGAGUUGUUAGAAAGUUUUCUGUGUGUUUGUAUGCCAGAGUUUUUAACACGUGCUGUAAAUUACAAUAUUCCCUUUUUUAAAAAAAAGACAUUGUGAAACUAUUUUGACUGCUCUUACCUUUUGUAUUUUUUUAAUUCAAUACUUGUAUAAAAUUUCAAAACUUGGGAAGCUAUGAGUUAUCAGAAGUGGCACAUAGAGUAUUUAUAGCCUGGUUGCGUAGAAAGAAAUGUAAUAUAUUGUUGAAAUAAAUAUAUGUUAUAUAUAAUGAAAAAUGUGCUGUUGGCUUCAAGCAUAUUCUGAAAACUUGUUGUGAAUAUAUAUGUGUUAGGGCUGAUUCCCAGGUUUCUGUUUGUCUUGCCUCAUCUUCUUGGUAAAUGCUGUAAAAUUUGAGAAGACCUGAAUUAAAAUGUGUGAGAGGCUCACUUUUA